UCGGCGAACGCCUCGCUGUCACGUGAUCACCCAUACAGGAAGAAAACUAAAAUGGCGGUGUGUAUAGCAGUGAUAGCAAAAGAGAACUACCCGCUGUAUAUCCGCAGCGUUCCUACUCAAAAUGAGCUAAAAUUUCACUACACCGUGCACACCUCGCUGGAUGUGGUGGAGGAAAAGAUUUCUGCUGUGGGGAAGUCCUUGGGGGACCAGAGAGAGCUCUACCUGGGUCUACUAUAUCCCACAGAAGACUACAAAGUAUAUGGCUAUGUCACUAACUCCAAGGUUAAAUUUGUUAUUGUUGUAGACUCAUCCAACACGUCAUUGCGGGACAACGAAAUAAGAAGUAUGUUCAGAAAACUGCACAACUCAUUCACUGAUGUGAUGUGUAACCCUUUCCAUACACCAGGAAAUCCUAUUCAGUCAAAGGCAUUUGAUGAAGUUGUCUCCGGAAUGUUGGCGCAAAGUACUUGAUGUCUUCGACAGCCUCCCAUGUACAUAUGUUUGUAUUAACUCGAUUGUUUCAAUGUAUGCGUAAAUAAAAAAUGUUUGCUGCACGUCGAAAUG